AUGAUGUUGUCCACUGUGAACAAUCCGUACCGUGGUGGCAACAAUUCCAACAAUAACAAUUCAAAUCAUCGAAUGGUCAUCGAAGAUGUUACUGAUGAUCCGGAGUAUUCUGCAUAUGGAAAUGAAAACGAAAAACCGGAAAAUGAGGAAGAAGGAGCGUUCGUUGAGUACGAGAAACUCGAUAAAACUGAAGAUCCAGCUGCUUAUAAAGUGUGUCAAUCAACAACGGCCGUCAAUCGAACCUACAACAACAUUCGUCCAUCAUACAGAAUGCCGAUUGGCGGUGGCAGUGGCUCCUCUUCCGGUUCGAUUUCUCGUGAAAUGCGUGUCGAAUCAAUGAAUUUGACGGAUGUCGAGGAAGGAGCAAGGUGCCGCGAUAAGGAAUGUCGUCUCGGAUGGAAGCAGCAUCCAUGGAGAAAUCAUUUGGAAUCAGAGAAAACAUGGAGAACAAAUGAUGUCGUCUUUUAUCUUCCAUUCCAUUUGUUUUUAAAAGGAAAUUCAUUCAAACAUUCAUUCCAAUAA